AUGUCCCUUCAGGAUGUGAAGCAUGUCCUGCUCGUCCUAUCCGGAAAGGGAGGCGUCGGUAAGUCCAGCGUGACAACGCAGCUCGCUCUUACUCUCUCCCUGCAAGGCUUCUCUGUUGGCGUGCUUGACGUAGACCUCACUGGGCCAUCAAUACCGCGUUUCUUCGGCAUAGAGACGGCGAAAGUCAGGCAGGCACCUGGAGGAUGGAUACCGGUGCCCGUACAUGAAGCGCAAGGUGCGGGUGGAGAUCUACACGGAGGGGAAGGUAGCAACGGCCACAGCGCAAACGAACAUUCGCGGCCGUACGGCUCGCUCCACUGCAUGUCUUUAGGCUUCCUCCUAGCGAACAGGGGAGACGCUGUGGUAUGGAGAGGUCCCAAAAAGACGGCGAUGGUCCGGCAAUUCCUCACAGAUGUGUAUUGGGGAUCGCUCGACUACCUUCUUAUCGACACCCCACCAGGCACAAGCGACGAGCACAUAUCGCUUGUGGAAACGCUUCUCAAACAAGCCACACCUUCCCAACUUGCUGGCGCUGUGGUGGUCACGACGCCGCAAGCGAUCAGUAUCAGCGAUGUGAAGAAAGAGAUCAAUUUCUGUCGCAAAACAGGCGUCAAGGUGCUGGGUGUCGUGGAGAACAUGGCCGGCUUCGUCUGUCCGAAUUGCUCGGAGUGCACGAAUGUGUUCUCGAAGGGGGGCGGGCAGGUCAUGGCAGCAGAAUUCGGCGUGCCGUUUCUGGGUAGCGUGCCGAUUGAUCCUAUGUUCAUACGGCUUAUUGAAGAAGGCAAGAGGCCGGUGUAUCCACAAGGCACUGUUAUCGACGGCAAAGCGAUGGACACGAACGGUCAUACGGACGACGCGGCGCUGACGGAUGGUCGCCUGAUUGACAAGUACACGUCUUGUUCCCUACAUCCGCUAUUCGAUGGCAUGGUCAGGCAGCUGGUACAAGACAUGGGCACCUGA